AUGUUCAAGACAGCCCUCCGAGCCACACCCCGGCGCAUCACCCCAACCCGUACAGUCUUUCAAAAUACCUCGUCGCGGCGAUUUUUAAGCACAGCACCACCGUCCCAGAAGUCGCGAAGCUGGAAGAGCAGUGCUAUGAGAUGGGCGUUAGCUGCUGGGGGAGUGUACUAUUAUAACACAAGCAACUUGUUUGCGGAAGAGCCGGAAUCUACCAUUCAGAAGUUAGAUGAGUCAAUACACCAUGUCCAGGAAUCCAGGCAGCCAACCAUAGAUGCCAUUGUCGAGGAGAAAAGAAACAAAGAGGCGCAACGUCAAGCCGAGGAGGAACAGCAGAGAAGAAAUGCGGAGAGGGCAAUUACUCAAGAAGGAGCCGCAGAAGAAGAACACGAAGAAGGCGGGCUGGGUGGACUCGAAGAGGAAGCGGAUCAGCAGGGAGCAUUUAACCCGGAAACUGGAGAGAUCAAUUGGGACUGCCCAUGUCUUGGAGGAAUGGCGCAUGGUCCUUGUGGAGAGGAAUUCAGAGCUGCAUUUAGCUGCUUUGUCUAUUCGACUGAAGAGCCAAAAGGAGUUGAAUGCAUAGAAAAGUUCAAGGGUAUGCAAGACUGUUUCCGAGCGCAUCCCGAGGAAUACGGCGCCGAAUUGGAGGAUGACGAAGAGGAAGUCGAACAGGAGUUACGGGCUCGUCAACAAGAUUCUAAUUCCGAGAAAGCAUCGACCCAAGCUGAAACGCUGCCUCUUCAAGCCGAGCCAUCACAAGAGCCACCUAAAGUUGGUACGGAAGUUAAUAAGAAGGAGUCCAUUGAGAACACGGAGCCAUACCGAGACAGUACCAACACUAAGUCUGCUGAGGCAACGAAGAGCGGCGAUGAGGGAGGUCAUUUAGUACCAAAAUCGGCGCAUGAUGCCUCAUGA